AAACACAGCUUUGAGCGCGUGAACGUAUAACAUACAAAAAUCUGUCUCAAGAUUCGACAAUAACAAUCCUGGGAGUAGAUUACAAGCUAAUACACCUAGUGACAUUGCGACGAUGUUUAAUGAGUACUUUCAAUCUGUCUACACCUGCUUUCAGGAUCUAUCACCUUCGUUUCAACCAGAUUCAUCUUCUCCAUUAUCAAGCAUUUCAUCAAUUGACCUAUCGGUAGAAGAAGUUUUCCAAGCCUUGCAGAACUUAGAUCCGUCAAAGGCUCAUGGUCCUGACGGGUUUCCUUCGCGCAUUCUAAAAGAAUGUGCCUUCCAACUAGCUCCAUCACUUCAUCAUCUAUUCACUAAGUCGCUCCGCUUAUCGCAGGUUCCAGCCGAGUGGAAGUUAGCCAACAUUGUUCCUCUACACAAGAAAGGACAAAAAGAUCAUGUGGAAAAUUACCGCCCUAUUUCAUUGCUAUCAAUCAUAAGCAAGGUCCUUGAAAGAUGUGUCCUCAAUCAUGUAUCCUACCAUAUUCAGUCCAACAUUAAUUCGGCGCAGUACGGUUUCGUUAACGGAAAAUCAAGCACAGCUCAGUUAUUAUCAAUAUUAAAUAUUAUUGGAAAGAACUUGGAUAUGGGAUUACAAACUGAUGUUGUUUUUAUGGAUAUUGCUAAGGCUUUCGAUACCGUUGACCACUCCAAACUGUUGCAAAAGCUGCAGGAAUUCGGUUUUUCUGGUUCUCUCCUCCUGUGGUUUAAGAAUUAUUUAUCCGGACGCUUCCAACGAGUAACUGUUCACGGUGCUACGUCGACCACUUUAUCCAUUACUUCUGGGGUUCCACAAGGAUCGUUAUUGGGUCCCUUUCUCUUCUCUGUAUAUAUCAAUGACUUACCUAGCUAUGUAUCAUCCUCUACUGGGGUCGGACUGUUUGCUGACGACACCAAGCUGUAUCGUUGCAUAAAAAAUCCUUCUGAUGCCUUGGUCUUGCAAGAGGAUAUUCAAGGUCUUCGAUGUUGGUCAAAUGAACACCACCUUCAUUUCAAUCAAUCCAAGUGCAAGGUACUCUCUAUAACCAGAAAAACAUCACCUUUGGUUUCUCCACACAGUCUUGCCGGUGACCUGUUGUCCUUUUCUGAUGCUGAAGUUGACCUGGGUAUAACUAUCAGUCCCAAAUUAACAUGGAUCCAUCAAGUGAGCAAGGUGAAGUCCAAAGCUAACAAAUUGCUUGGAUUAAUUAGGCGAUCUACCUUGGAAAUGACUGACAUCAAGGCGAGAAAGUAUCUGUACUUACAGCUCGUUCGAAGCAAUCUUGCGUACGCAUCCCAAGUAUGGUGUCCACAGUCCGUACAGUUAAUUGAAAAUAUCGAGAAGGUGCAGAGAAGAGCAACCAAAUUUAUCCUUAAUCUUGGGUUUGUCACCAACAUACCGUAUCCAACAAGACUACAUAACCUAGAUCUACUACCCAUAACUUACUGGCACGAAUACCUGGAUAUAUUCCUACUCUAUAAAAUCAUUAACAAUUAUACAUAUAUUGACGACAGUGCUCGACCGGUUAUAUCAGGAUCAGGAAUCACUAGAAGUGAAACUAAUGACAAUCGAAUUAAAUUCUUAAUACCUUAUGCCAAAACUGUAACGUUCCAGUCCUCGUAUUUUAUUAGAGCUUGUAAAACCUGGAACAUCCUAAGUCAUGAUAACCUUCGAGACAGAAACAUUGGUUUCUAUGCUUUUAAAUCAGGACUGAAACUGUACUAUUAGAACGCACUAUCGAACACGUAUAACUGUGACGAUCCUCGGACUUGGAAAUCUGUCUGUGUUAAAUGUAAAAGGGCUAGAUCCCUUGAUGGUGUUUUAAACUGUUGUUAGUUGUCAGUUUAGUCGUUUUGUAAUUGUGUUGUUUUACUUUGUCUGUUUCGUUAAUCAAUUAUUUGAACGUAAUUUUUUAUGUAAAUAUUAAGGGAUCGCCGUAAUUGGGGGAACCUGUGGCGAACUCCCUGGCACUACAUUGUUGUAUUUUUAGGUAGUUGCCGAAUCUUCUUAAAACAUUAAAACAUUAAAAAUCGCAUGGCUGCGGCCAAAGUAUAAAUUGACAUUCGCUACAGACAAUUUUUUAUAGGGUUUCCGAGACCAUCCAUGCACACAUGAAUUAACAAUCUAAAAUGUUCAUCAGACAUCAGUGAGUAUUGACAAUGAACCCACAAGGAUUACUGGAACAUCAGCAACUCUAAUUAAUCUAAUUCUGACAAAUAAAGAGGAAAAUAUUUCAAAGUCUGGUGUCAUACACCUUGGACUUUCUGAUCACAGUAUGAUUUUCGCUAUUAGAAAACAUUGUAUUCCCAAAUCACGGGAAAAGGUUAAACAUAUUCGUAACUUUAAAAAUUUCAAUGCCAAUGAUUUUCUUACGGAUCUUUCACAGAUGCCGUGGGAGAACAUUGCCCAACAUGACAAUUCUAAUGUAUGCUGGCAGGUAUGGAAAUCACUAUACCUCCAGGUCCUUGAUCGACACGCUCCCCUUAGACGUAUGAGAACUCGUGGAAAUUCUCUCCCUUGGAUUUCUUCAGACAUCAAGGGUAUAAUGAGAUCAAGAGACUUCCACAAAAUAAAAGCGGUUAGAUAUAAUUCUCAAAGUCAUUGGACAAAAUAUAAGGAAUUACGAAACAAAGUUAAUACUGAACUAAUUAAAGCUAAAAGAAACUAUUUCUGCAAUAAAAUAGAAGAUUGUGCUCAGUCCAAAGACAUAAAGCAAAGUUGGAAUUUAAUUAACCACCUUAUGGGUAAAAAUGUGAAAUCAAACACGAUAUCCCAACUUAAAAUGGAUAAUUCUGUCAUUUCAGACGAUAAAUUGAAAUCUGAGGCUUUUAAUGAUUUCUUUGUCAAUAUCGGGGCAAAACUUGCAGCUGAAAUUGAAGAUAAUUCCCUCAACACAAAUUCUUUUGCUCGCGGAGAUUCUAGGCCUACUACCAACUCCAAUCUUUUUUUCAAAUUUUCUGAAAUUAACGAGGACGAAGUAAUAUAUCAAUUGCGUAGUCUCAAAAUUUCAAAAUCCACAGGAUUAGAUAACAUCCCUGCUAAAGCUCUUAAAAUAUCCGCGGACAUUGUUGGUCCGCCAUUAACUUGGAUAUUUAACCUUUCGAUCAAAAAAGGAGAAUAUGUGGAUGAAUGGAAAAAAGCCUGGGUUACACCCAUUUAUAAAUCUGAUGACAGGUUGAAAUGCGAGAAUUAUCGCCCUAUCUCGAUACUACCCAUUGUUAGUAAAAUACUUGAGAGAUGCGUUUUUAAUCAAAUUUAUAAAUUUCUUAAUGACAAUUCACUUCUUUCAAAACAUCAACAUGGUUUUCGGCCUAAACAUUCAACUCUCACCGCUCUAACUCAGGUGUGCGAUACUCUUUAUGAAAAUAUGGAUAAUGGUCAAUUGAGCGGCAUUGUUUUUCUUGACAUUCGUAAAGCCUUCGACUCAAUUGAUCAUAAUAUUCUGCUUCAUAAAUUAAAAGAUCAAUUCGGUAUAUCGGAUAUUGAGUUAAGAUGGUUUGAGUCUUACUUAAAUAAUAGGGAGCAAGUCUGUAUUGUUAAUAAUUCAAUGUCAUCGUCAAAACGGAUUGUUUCUGGGGUUCCGCAGGGAUCUAUUUUAGGUCCACUGUUAUUUUUACUCUAUAUCAAUGACCUCCCCGAAUGCCUUCAAAAAACUACUCCUUAUUUAUAUGCUGACGAUACCCAAAUUUGCUGUAGCUCUAACAGUUUGGUUGAAUUAACCGAAAACCUUAAUCACGAUCUGAGUAGAAUCGGUGAUUGGCUUUCUAGAAAUAAAUUACAACACCACCCAACUAAGACCAAAAUAAUGUUCAUUGGCUCUAAACAUCAUAUUAAUUCCACAACUUUUGAUCAUCCAGUGAUGUUAAAUAACCAACGCAUCCCCAGAGUUCACUCUUUCACAUGUCUUGGUCUCGAUUUAGAUGAAAAUCUUAACUGGAAUUCACAUAUUCAGGCGAUUUGCAAAAAGGUUGGAGCAGGCCUGGGUACUUUGAGACGUAUUAAACCCUUUGUUCCAAUAACCACCCUUCAAACAAUUUAUCGAGCUCUGAUUCAGCCGUAUUUUGAUUAUUGUUCUCCCAUUUGGGGCGUCUGUGAUCAAAAUUUGAAAAAUAAACUCCAAAAAUUUCAAAAUCGCGCAGCCCGAAUCAUUGUCGGUGCAAGUUAUGAGAUUAGAUCUGCUGAUGUUCUUCAAUCUCUUGCUUGGGACAAUUUAGAGACAAGACGACGUACAACCAAAGCAAUAUUAAUGUUUAAAGUCUUGAAGGAUUACGUAGGACCUACGUUGAAAGAAUCCUUGAUAAGACGCAAUCAUAUGCAAACAAAUUAUGAUCUUAGAAAUAGUCAUACAGAUUUGGCUCUUCCUAAGCCUAAAAGAGAAUUCCUAAAAAAGAGUUUUAAAUACAGUGGGGCUAAGCUAUGGAAUAGUCUCUCUAUCGAUACGAAACUGGCAGAAUCAAUGCACCUGUUCAAAAGCCAUUUAAAACUUAACUCUAAUACUAUAUAUAUUUGAAAUAAAUUGUAACUCCGUCUAACCAUAACAUCUGGGGUCACACCAAUUUGUAAAUAGUCUUCUUUUCCCUUAUAUCUUUUGUAAUUUUUAACAUUGUAGACGCCCCCCGUGGAAACCAACGCACCGUUGACGGGGCUAGUGUCUCUAAAUAAAGUUUUAAUACAAUACAAUACAAAAUACAAUGACGAUCAACCACAUGCAGUUAUCACCGCAUACCGUAUUUACUCGAUUGAGCACCGCCCUCGAUUGAGCGCCGCCCCCGAAUAAGCGCCGCAUUUGAGAUCAAAUUUUUUUAAAGAGCGCCGCCCCCGAAUGAGCGCCGCACUAAACAGUGUAAAAACUUUCCACCGUCAAAAUGGAGACAUUUAGUGACGAAGACAUUUAAUACUUGUUUAUUUCAUUGUUAAAAGUUCUUGUUAUAAUUCACAAAUAAAAUAUUUUUUAAAGAGCGCCGCCCCCGAUUGAGCGCCGCCCCCGAAUGAGCGCCGCAUCUGAAGCUCUGAAAAUUUAAAGAGCGCCGCGGCGCUCAAACGAGUAAAUACGGUAUUCAAAUUUACUGUGUAGUAAUUGAUAUGGCAAGCGAAAUAAAUUAUAAUUUAACAUUGGCUAGGCCAUUUCAGAAGCACUCAUGCAAUAACCUGUGACUGUGUGAUUCCAGAAUAUACAGUCGAAAUUCCUCCUGAUCAAUAAAACUACAAAAUUUAAAUUCAGCUUUAUUUUGAGCUAUUUUAAUACUAAUAUGACGCUAUGAAAAUCAUAUCCAAUAUUUUUCGUAAAAUGUUGAGUUUGAACACAAUAAUAUUGUGCGUCGGUCUGGAAUUACAAAAUCAAUGAUCCAUGAGGCUCAUAAAAAUAAAAAAUUUAAUGGUCAAGAUCAACCUGAAUGCAACCAUUAAUCUUCUUUUUGGUGAAAAUAUAAGUUUGUACAAUUCUGUGCAACUUUGCAUGAAAAAUACACGAGAGAUAGAGUUAAAUAUUAUACUGACUAAACGUUGAUCAAUUUCUGAUAUUGCAUACCACACAGGGUUAUAGUAUCGGUUCAGUGAUCUGCAAUUCUUUAUACGGUUUGCUGGACACUCGAUCAAGCAUUCAUUUUAAAACGUCACACAAUUUCGGCGAUAAAAACAUGUAUUGAUAUAUUUGAGGCACACAGUUUGAAGCAUAACAGCCGAGAUAACAGCUAUAUACCUAUUCUGUGAUGCACUUUUCUCUAAUUCAACUAUAUUAACCAAGUCACAACUGUAUGCUUCGACAUGACAAAUCAUCAUGGAUGAGCACGCAUUGGCUUAGAAGGUAAAUUAUUUAGACGAGUAUAUCUCGUAUACAUGCAUGCAUAUAUUCUAUUAGGCCUACGUCGUGCGUGUAUAGAAGAAUGGUAAUAAUAAUAUAACACUGUAGUAAACAGGUAUUUGGACUAUAAACUCCUAUAUGCAUGUGUUGUUAUUCCUAAAUCCAGCUUUUCACGAUAAAGUUUUAGAAUUUAGGCUUCAACAUUGCGUAUAGAAUUCGCGGUCACUUCAUACAAAUGUAUAGCCGAAAAGCCUGUAAAAGUCUUAUAAAGGAUACCACCAGAAAAUUAAACUGUAUAUGAAACAGAAACAUAGCACUAACCUUAAAUUAUUGAUCAGAGUGAUUAGAUGAUGUGGUUUUCAUGAAACAAUGGCGCAAUACUGUUUAUAUAGGAGCGAGCGCAUCGAUGGCGUAGUCGUCAGAGCAAGCGCGCCUUUCACUUCCGAGAUCGUGGGUUGGAUUCUCGCUACGGACUCAUGUGAAAAGAGUCAGUCAACGCUUUGCCAAAAGUCGUGGGUUCCUCUGGUUUCCUUCCACAGGGAAAGUUGACUGCAGGGACCAGGGUGGGUUAGGAUAAAUGCAGUUAAAAAAGUAAUAUCACAAUUGUUGUAAAGAUAAAAUAGUCUGGGCUAAGUAUAAGAAAUUAGAUAAGCGUAUAUAUAUAAUACUUGAUGUAAUUAAAAUGCAUUUGAUCAUGUCCACAAUUCACAACGGUAAAUUUGCGCUAUAUAUAGAAAUGUUACUCGUAAUCGUAACAUUUAAUCGACUGCAUGUUAUAACUGGUAUAUAAACAAUGUUGAUUUCAGGGAGGAAAGCGUUUGGAAACUGUAGGAGGCAUGUUAGGCGUUUUAAAAGCCUUAACAAUUGUUGAUGGACGCGACGUGCAGAGCGCACAAUGUGCUUUUUAGUUUGUUCAAAUGAGCAUAGCACAUUAAUAUAGGAUGUGUGUGAAGCUUGCAGUUGACGAAUAUACAAAAAGCCAUCUUGUUUCGCUAUUCCUGUGAAAACCCAGCGGUAUUUACCGAAGAUACAUGCAUCAAAGCCGCUAGCCAACCACAAAAGGACGAUCAAUAACCCACCCUUCUUUGCCGGAAAAAACGUUGUUGACCGCUCUGCAUUGGGAACUCUACAUUGGGAAUCUUAAAUGGUCGUUCAACCCAAUUCGACAUCGUCCAACAAUCACUACAUUGUUGGUUCAACUAAAAUGUGCCCAAUCAGCGCAUGGCGUCGCCAGCAUAUGCAUGCAAGCAUGAAAAUAGAGAUUUGUCAUUUGAGCAAGUCAACGAAGUAUAUUGGGUGGAUUAUACUCUAAUUUCUAAAGUACAUUUUACUGACAAGUCAAAUCUGGGUUGUAAGUGUGCGAGAUGUAUAAAACUUUUAAUAUUUUUACAUUUAGUUCUAGUUAUCUAAAUAUAAUUACCUAUUUCAUGAUUGUACAUAUUAUAGAGUCAAGCAUUUUUAACAUGAUCCUAUAAGGCUUGGGAAAUUGAGCAAUCGUUCCCUAUGCUUUUGACUUUAAAUAAAUUGUAAUGUACUGUAUUAUAUUGUAUUAUAAUAUUAUAUAUAACAGUGCACUGCAGUUAUCUGGUUGAAUAGUUGCGUCUGAUAUUUCAGUUCAGUUUGACACUCUAUAGUCUUGACUAAUAUAUACGCUGAUAACCCUUACUGGAACUCUAUAAUGGCUGCAUGAUUUAUGCCACAGUCAUGCAACUUUUGCCUAAAACUGUCGCAUGCAACCUGCUUACAACUUGAGUUGUACAUACUGUGUAAAUCAAGCACAUGAUAACUCACUACCUAUACGACAAUGUAUAGGCGAGUUAUGUGUGCUUGAUUUACACAGUACAACUCAAGUUGUGUAAGCAGGUUGCAUGCGACAGUUUUAGACAAAAUUUGUGCAGUGUAUAUCAGCCUAGCUUAAGACAGCAGUUUUCAUAUUUUUUUCCACAAUUAUUUUUCUUGGAUGUUGAAUGCAUCAAAUAUAAAUAGAUUUUAAUAACACUGAUGGCUUCUAGUAGGCUCCUAGCCCUUAUUUGCAUGCAAAUAUGAUACUAUUAGAUGUUCUAAUUAUUUUAUUCUUUUUGUAAUAUAUUUGGCUAAAAUCUAUCCAGUAUUAAUUAGUUCAUACGUCGAAUGCCAGAACCACGAAACCAUGCAUGUAUAGGCCCUAUUAUAUGGUUUUGUUCGACAAGCCGCUUGUGUUCAUGCAUGCCGAACAACUAUAUAGAUUGAAUAGCCGCAUUAUUUCAUAUCUGUUUCUAUUACAAAAUAUCGUGUUAUUAAAAUCAAACCGUUUUAGAUAGAUAUAACCCAUGUAAACAGCAAUGGCUUAUGAGUUAUGCGAAAUGUUAUUAAUAUAAAAAUCAUCGAUCCAUGAAACUUAUAAUUAAGGACGAUCAAGGUAGCAUUAUUGUAAUACUAAUAGACUUUAACUUCAGUAUCUGAGUAUCUCGGUAUGAACAUUUUCGUUUUCGCUAAUGGUACAGGAAUCAAAACUAGCCAAAUCCGAUAUAGAAUUACCCAUGUUCCUCUUCUAGCCUGGCUUAACAUUGUACAUGUAUGUAUCAUAAUUUGUUGAAUAUUUCGAGUGUUUAAUUAUAAGCCGCCAUGCUGUGCCGCGAUUGACUUUUUGACUUUUGUGCCCGUGUCUCAACUACAUGCAUGUCCGUAUCAAAAUUUCGAACUCUGAACAACAUUUAACGAUUUGGCUAUGGCUUAUGCGCUUUAAUAUCGUCUUAAACAACCUUAGCCUUAGGUCAUCUGCUUCUGCAUGGUUAUAUUUGAACAGAAUUUUCUCACAUUUUUUCCCCAUAGAAAGAGGGUGUUCCCAUGAAAGACGGUCUUUGUUCUUGACUAAUUUUCCAUGCAUGACUUGCUCAACUGUAAAUAAAUAAUUAUAGGGCAAAAACCAUAUGAGGUUUAAGUGUAAAAACUGCCGCUUAGAACUGAUUCUAUUGCCAAGAUAUGCCGCAAUCUUUUGGAUAGGGUUUUAGCCUAUACCAGAAGCAACCGGUACUAACACUGUAACUUUUGCGUUGUCCAACAGAAACGGAACGGCAUCCAUGAUUUUCUGGGCAGCUACAAAAGUCGAGACAGUGGGAAUAUGUCACGGAAAUUGAUCACCAGCAAAGAACUGGAUUUCUAUCUGUAUGGAAGAACCGAUGUCUUACCAGUAAAGCUAGAAGAAGGAAGCCCGGAGGAAGAAACGACAAAGCAACAGAUUAUAGCUAAAAAGAUUCCAAAUUACGAAGGUAUGCAUUUACGAAUCAUACAUACUAACACUAUAGCACCCCGUUUACUCUAGAGCGAAGGAUUCCGGAUUCGCAAUCAUGGACCUAAAAGCCAUGCAGCGCUGCCAGUUAAUAUGUUCUAUAUACUCUCGAACGGUCCGUGUCAGUGUUGGUGGCGACGGUAACACGAUACUGAGGAUUGACAGAGAUAUACAGUUCUGAAAAAAUAUAAGCAAAACUGCAUAUACUUUUCAGGUAGUUGUAUCUCAAAUUCGGCUGUCUUCUAAGUCUUGUUCUAUAUAUCAUAAUGCAGGUAAUAUUAUGUAAGUAAAUUGGCUGAACCACAUAGGGAAGCUACGAGCAAGUAUAGAGGUAAUAGACUGUCACUUCCUUGCCUUGCUCUACAGAUUCAAUGUACUACAGGCAAUCGCACAGAACACGUCAGCACGAACACCAUCGUAUAUCGAAUGGUAUUCACUAUGUCUAUAUUAGCCUGCAUAUAGCAAUUUUUUGGGGCUUCCAAAUUUUUGGGGCGACCCUUGCUCGCGGGUGGCAAAUGUAGACUGAGACCCCGUUCACACGAUACCGGCAGAGUUUGAAAACGGAACGAAAUUCUUACAUUUAGCGGUUGCGUUCACACGAUGCCGGUAUGAAAAAAUGUGAAACCGUAACGCUAACCGUAAGAGUUUGAAAACGGAACGAAAUUCUUACGUUUAGUGGUUGCGUUCACACGAUGCCGGUAUGAAAAAAUGUGAAACUGGAACGCUAUAACCGUAAGAGUUUGAAAACGGAACAAAAUUCUACCGUCAGAGAGCCGUGUGAACGCCUAACCGUAAGAAUUUCAUUACGGUUAUGCCAAAUGAAAUUAACAAAACUACAAAAGUUGUUGUUGGAUAUUUUAUUCUGUCUAUUUAACUGAUUUGUGCAGCAUAUUGUAUCGGUAGAUAUCAAUUUGUGGUAGUCUUAGUUACCUGAAAUUACUCAUGAACAAAUAUGGGGGGCGUUACACCCCACACACCCAGAUCGCUACGACCCAGGUCGAUUGGGUUCUACAAAAAACCCUCAACUAUGAUUAGAGUGCAUGAUGUAAGGCGUGCUCCGAGGUUUUUAACAUACUUUGAGGUAUUUUGUAACCACUUAAAUGGACAAUCGUUUUGUAAAUAAUUUCUACAAGUUGUAAUCUACAUUUUUUUCUUCAGAGAAAAGUGUCGACAUCCUUCAAUUGCGUUACAACCCAGGAGUGGAGAAAGAAUUUCGCUCCAGUGAAGAAUUUAAGAAAGUCUUGGCAGUGAUCAAGAGUAUCCCAUCUCAACUGCACUUGUGUUACUCCAGUGUGCCUGGAGCAGGAUUUGGUAUCUGCGCUACAGACGUCAUUCCUUCAGGAACGUGGAUUGGGCC